AUGACUUCACAACCUUCGGAUAUACUGUCACAGCUCGACAGUGAGCUAUUUGUCAGUGAACGAUUCGAAACCCCGACUUCGCCUAUACUUAAACGUACGCUAUCCUCUCCCUCUGUUUCUGUAACAACAACUGCAAGCAGACGAUUUUCGAAAGUCUGGGACCAUACACCUGUUAGCCGCUGCGAUAUCAUUCGGAACUACCAGGGCAGGACUUAUUAUGAGAAGACCCCCCCGCACCUCUACUUCACCAAGACACAGAUGGCAGUUUGGCGGAACUUUGCAUCAUGGAGCUUCGAUGGCGAACAAGUCUACCUUCCUGGCCCUGCUGACUGGUACCCUGAUGGCUAUGAUACUGAGUUCUAUGGCUUUCAGUUGGAUUCUGAUGCACUUGGCGCCUUUCGGGCCUGGGAGGUGUUGAGAGAAGAGACUGAGCCAGCUGAGUACAAGUGGAUCCUCCCAUCUGACGACAGAUUGUUGCUGUUGUCCCCAACCAAGGAAUCCGAGGAGCUUCUCUCCCAGUUCUACAAUAUGUAGAUCAAGUGCUGCUUUUAGAAUAUACUAGAUAGCCCAAUGCACUACUUUCUAUACUACAAGCCCUCAUUGAAGUAAGUUAUAUACUUCAGAUCAUUUUUCAUUGUGUCACGUGGUUAAUACGGCCCGUAUACGGCCAGUAUACGGGCUCCGUAUCGUAUUAACCAGUGCCAGUGCGUAUUGAGUUGAACCCGUAUCGUAUACGCACUGGUUACAAAAAUGAACCCGUAUACGGGCCGUAUAAUACUAUCUAAUACACUGCUUAAGGCAGAAGUUAAGGCUCUACAAGCGGCAAAUGAACAGAAAAAGAGGAG